CGAAGAACAAUAUGAAAAUAGGACGAACAUUUUACUGUUGUAUUGUACGUACGGUACUCGUACGUUUUGAGUACGAUAUUGGAAUUACGUACUUCUACUCUGUAUUUUAAACUGUUUUGACGAAGUUGAGGAUGUUCGGCAGUACUCGUACUUACGUUGUGAAUCGGAAGAAUUCGUAUUAACAUUAUUUGAAGGAUGAGGGGAAUCUUCAAGUCUUGAUAAUGAUAGGAAGAACCAACGAAGCAGCCGUUUGUAGUCGGUUGAUUCAGACGUAUUUUCGACGGCAAGGAGGAUGUUGUCCAAAACUUUCCAAUGGGAUUCGCCACAGUUCCUCUCCCAGCAGAUCAACGGAAACUCCUCCUCCAUCCACCGUAGUUCUCUUACGACAUGGUCAAAGUUUAUGGAAUAAGAUUCCAACUUUCACUGGAUGGUGUGACGUACCGUUGACGGAUACAGGAGUGAAACAAGCUCAAGAUGCAGCUCGUGUGAUGGAUGAGAGAGGCUUCGACUUUGAUAUUGUCUACACCUCACAGCUCAAAAGAGCAUACGACACGGCAGAGGCAAUUUUGGAUGUCUUUGGCGACAACACCAGAGUCUCAUCGAAAUCAAUAAUCACAGUGAGAACAUGCGAAUUGAACGAACGCCAGUACGUUUCCGACGAUUGAUCACGAAAAGUUCUAUUUUGAUCAUCAUUUCUUUUCGCGAAAGCUUUGACUCAAUUCAUCUUCUGUUUUCUUUUCCAUUAUUUUCGAUCACAAAUGCCUAAUAAGCUAUGGGGAACUUCAAGGACUUUCGAAAACGAACCCGGAACUUGUAACUCUUUACGGAGAGGAACAAAUGAGGAGGUGGAGACGUGAGUUGAAGGCCAGGCCGCCUGAGAUGGACGAAGGUGAGAUUUUGUCACGAAAAUUGAUUGAUGGAAGAAGACGUUUUUAGGGAAUAGUGUCUCAUUAUUUGCGAUGCUCAUUCAUUUUCGCUUUAUCGAAAUUUUAGUCCACCCAUAUUAUCAACCGCCACCUGCACCCCUAACAGAAUCAUUGUACGACUGCCAAAAACGAGUACUGAGAUAUUGGCACGGUACGAUAGUUCCAACAAUGCUUCUAAAGGAGCAGACAAUUCUGAUUUCUGCUCAUGCUAACACCAUUAGGUAAUUCUUCGUUGUAAUGAUUUUCAAUUAGCAACUAGUCCGAUGUUGGCAGAUGGUGCUGCUCCGUGUUAAAACCUAACUCCAAAUCUGCAUUUUUUCAUUAGAUCCCUCAUCGCCUACUUGGAUGAAGUUCCCGAUGACGAAGUUCCUCACAUCCACAUCCCAAAUUCCGUCCCAUGUACCUUUAAGAUCGAUCCAACAACAGGUAGAGCUUUAAAACAAGAUUUUUCCUCGUUGAGCAAGAGCAAAGGGAAUUGGUUAUUGAGUGCCGAAAAUCAGGAACGCCUGGUUGAAAAACUCGGGAUCGAUAGCGAAUCAUUUGCGCGAUCGGUGUUUGGCGCUUGGGAUCUAAAUGGAGAUGGUGUUCUAGACAAGGAAGAGGUUGGGAAUGGCCUGUUUAGGUGGAAAAAAGAUUCGAAUCCGGCCAUCAAUGGUAAGUUUUUGAUGUUUUUUUCUUGUCUCUAAUCACGGUGAUUUUCAAGCUUACAAUAGUUUUCUAUCGCAUUCUGUAACAAAGCUCUGGCCGGGAAACUGUUGGAGGAGGUACGUAUUUGUCGUUUUUGAAUAUCACUGAUCCGAUACCGAACCUAAAUUUGAAAGAGACAGGGUCAUUUCUAAUGCACAGCUCAUUGAUUUAUCUUUUCUGCCGUAUGUUACCAUGUGCAGUUCAAUAUAUCGGAUAUGGGGUCGAAUGGUAUUACUCUCGAACAAUUUCAGUCGUCGGCAAUUGCGGCAAGUAGAAAACAUAAUCUCCCCUUCUUCGAGGGAGAAAGCUUGUUGUCCCCAAACGUUGUAAAGGGACAAAUUAAAGCGUGAACAAGUUUCAGGCACUCUCCUUCCAAAUUCAAAGCGUUCGGUAUUUCUUAUUAUUUUUAACUUGAAGGAAUCUAGUUGUGAUCGGGCGUCUCCCCGAAUGAUUUCGUGUAAUUUGUACCGGUUUAAUUUAAAUGUUGAUUGU